AUACGGGCACGGCUAUGAAAUUUUCUGUGUUGCUUGCAACGGUGCCAAAACAAUAAUUGCCUCUGCGUGUAAGGCUUCUAAAAAAGAACAGGCGGCCAUCAUUCUGUGGAGCACCCUGACCUGGCAGCAGCUGCAGCGCUUACCCUUCCACAAUCUGACCGUGACCCAGGUGGCGUUUUCCCCCAAUGGCAGCUUCUUGUUGGCGGUGUCGAGGGAUAGGAAAUGGUCUCUUUGGAAAUGCAAAGAUGAUCCGGCUGAGCCAGAACCAGCUUUCAGCCUCUUUGCCUGCACAGACCAAAGGACGGCGGUUCACAGCCGCAUCAUAUGGUCCUGCGACUGGACUCCUGACAGCAAAUACUUUGUUACAGGAAGCAGGGACAAAAAGGUCGUCAUCUGGGGCGAGUGUCGCUCAGUGGGGGAGAAUAACAAGGAAGACCCGGAUGCCGCCAAGCUUUGUUUUUCAGUCCUGGAGGUCGAUGACUCGGUCACGGCUGUGGGCGUUGGCCCCGUGCUUGCUUCUGAUGGGAGCUACCUCAUUGCAGUGGGGACGGAAGGCGGGAAGAUCCACUUGUACAAAUGGAAGCCGAAUGAUGAGAGGCUGCUGGGCUCCAACUGGACUCACUGUGCGGAGACUGACGGCAGCCAAAGCCACUCCCCUGCUGUCAAGCGGCUGAGUUGGAGGAGACGGGUGGGCAGAGCUGGCCACGACAGCCCCGAGGACAGCCGGUGGCUUCAGCUGGCGACCUGUGGGGCGGACCAUGCCGUGAAGAUCUUCAGCAUUGACAGGCACAGUCUUUGAACAAGGACCUUUGGCCGUACCAGCGCCCGCUGGCUUGAUUUAUCUGUAAAUCAGUUUUUAACGACUUAAAGUAAUGCAUUCCUGUUCUGAAAGCUCUGUCUGACAACUCUUAUUUAUUUAUUA